CACUUGAGCAAAAUGGGGAAACUGGAGCCUGCAGAGCUCUGGUGUCCCUGGAGUUGCCGCGGCUACAAACCAGAGGGGCACAGUUUGUCUGGAGAUGCUCCAAACCCCAGGGGGAGCGGCAUCAUGGCCAGGUUCAUGGAGGCCUGCCGGACGUUUCUUCUCUAUUUGCUCAAGGAGAAUGCCCUGCUCUGCGAAGAAUCCAAGUUACCCCAGAGACAAAAGGUAAGUGACCCCAGAGAGAAUGAAUCAAGGUUGUUCCUGACGACUGUGGGUGAUUUCAUACAGAUCAAAGACUGGUCUACACAGCAGGUUGGCAAAUGCAAGCAAGGAGCCUCCACAGGGUCAGGUGGGAGCCUGGUCCUUAACCGUGUCCUUGGGCAGGAGGUGACCAUGGUCCAGAAUCCUGACAACCAGCAGGUCAACAACGUUCCUUCUGAAUGCAGCAAUCUCGGCUGUAAAAAUGCUCGGCGUCCACCCCCGCUGUUUGUUUGUUUGUUUGUUUGUUUGUUUGUUUGUUUGUUUGUUUGUUUGUUUAUGAAUGCAGGAACGAACAAUCAGGCCACUUGCUCCUGUCAGGCGGCCCCGGACCCCAAUCUUCCACGAACACUUCACCCAACUCGACCCAGGAGCUUGGCAGCCGAUGCCAAAGUCGCCUUCGCAGACAGCAUCAUGCUUAGGUCUUCCCUGAGCCCUCAUGUGGACCACGUGGUGGGAAGGAUGCUCUUCGUUCCUGCCAAGACCCGAACGGGGAAAACCGCUCUGAACGGUGUCACGUCAGGAUCAGAUGCACAUCGCAGAUGCACCCCUCUGGCCAGUGUGAGCAGGGAGGAUCUGGUCCAGGGAAUCAGGCGACGGCCAAGCCGCUGGCUGGCCUGGAGGAGCUGGCGGAAGAUGGGCCUCCAGGAACGAGCCCAGGACGACGGCCUAGAGCUGCCCGCUGUGGACUCCGCCUUGGCCACAGUCAGCGAGUUAGGAAUCUGGAGGCCACAGUCCCCAAUGCUAGCUGUGGACCCAUCCCUACACCAUGAUCCAACAAGAGCAGGUGGGCAGAGUCCAGUGGAGGAGGAGAAAGGAGCAGGGAAGGCAGGAGAUGGGGCUAGGAACCCCUUUUAG